UCAGUUCACAGUUAUUUUUGCGGAGGCGACAAAAACAGCAGGGAAAAAAGGCUAAACUUUGUGUCCAAAAUAAUUGUCCCCCUUUUGAAGCUUAACCAAAAAGUGGAUAAUAAUUAACAGGAUAUUAACAGAUUCAAUUUUGUGAAGUCCGGGUGAAAAUUUCACAAUGCCAAAAGGAGAUGCGAAGGAGUAUGAGGUGGAACAAAUUCUGGAUAGAAGAAUUCGCCGUGGAAAGGUUCAAUUCCUUAUCAAGUGGAAAGGAUGCAAUCACUCCGAAAACACCUGGGAGCCAGAGGAGCAUCUGAAUUGCCUGAAUUUGCUGGAACGCUUCCGCAAUGAAUGUGCUGAAAAAAGUGCAAAAACACGCGGCCAAAAACGUAAAUCGACUUUUCAAGCUAAUACAGAUCGAGAGAAGUCGAAUAGCGCUGAGAAAACAAAAUACACUAAUAAUAAUAGAAGUAAAUCGAAAAGAACACCGAUUGUUUUGGAAAGUAAAAUCGUUAAGAGCGAAAUACUGCAGCAACAAUACGAAAACCGUUCUCAUGGAUUCCAGAAGGGCUACAUUGCGGAAACCAUUAUGGGUAUCACAGAGGAAGACGGGGAAAGGCUGUUCCUAAUUAAAUGGAAGGACAGAGAUGAACUUGAAAUGGUAACGGCGAAAGUCACACGUGAACACGUUCCGGAGCUGGUCAUUGAUUUCUACGAGGACAGAAUCAUUUGGAAUGAAACACGCAAUUGUAAUAUGCAAUUGGAUAUACAAUUUGAACUAAAUGUUAAUAAAAAGAGUAGCCAUUGAUGAGUUGAUGUUUAUGUUUUUGGUGGUAUUACAAGUGCCUACUUCGUGUUUUCUCUGGGAUGUUUGGAAAAAAACCACGUUUUACGUAAAAUAAUUUAUUCUUUCUAUAAAUGUACAUAAUGAAGUGGAAACGGUUGCAUACGUUCU